UACCUUUUCUCUACGCUCUUCAACUCUUGUAGUAAUUAUCAACAUAUGCUUCACACUUCUUCAAAAUGCUAACUCAGUAGAGAAAGAAAGACAAGAUCUUUUUACUCAGCUCCGGAAGAUUCAUCGGAGUCGAGAAAAAAAAACGCGUUUUCUGAUAAUGCGGUUGCGUUUUCCGAUGAAACCCGCGGUUCUACCGUUCCUCGUCGUCUUUCUGGUGUUCCUCUCUCAGUUCGCCGUCGGAAUACGGAACAUUCCAGGAAGAAUCGCCGGUUUCGACAUCGGACAGUUUGUGGAAGCUCCGGAGUACCGAAACGGCAAGGAGUGCGCGUCCCAAUCAUCAAACAGAGAGAACUUCGUGUCGUCCUGCGACCCUUCCCUCGUCCACGUCGCGAUGACCCUCGACUCGGAGUACCUCCGCGGCUCGAUCGCAGCCGUCCACUCCGUUCUCCGCCACGCGUCGUGCCCAGAGAACGUCUUCUUCCAUUUCAUCGCCGCCGAGUUCGACCCGGCGAGUCCGCGCGUCCUGAGCCGGCUCGUCCGGUCGACGUUCCCGUCGCUGAGCUUCAAAGUCUACAUUUUUAGGGAGGACACGGUGAUCAACCUCAUCUCGUCGUCGAUCAGGCAAGCCCUCGAGAGCCCGCUGAACUACGCGCGGAACUACUUAGGAGACAUCCUCGACCGGUGCGUCGACCGGGUGAUCUACCUCGACUCGGACAUCAUCGUGGUCGACGAUAUCACGAAGCUCUGGAACACGACGCUGACCGGGUCGAGAGUCAUCGGGGCUCCGGAGUAUUGCCACGCUAACUUCACCAAAUACUUCACCUCGAGUUUCUGGUCCGACCCGGGUUUGCCCGGGUCAUUCUCGGGUCGGAAGCCUUGCUAUUUCAACACGGGAGUGAUGGUGAUGGAUCUCGUGAGGUGGAGGGAAGGGAGGUACAGAGGAAAGAUCGAAACUUGGAUGCAGAUACAGAAGAAACGGAGGAUCUACGACUUGGGUUCGCUGCCUCCUUUUCUUUUGGUAUUCGCGGGGGACGUUGAGGCGAUUGAUCACAAGUGGAACCAGCAUGGUUUGGGAGGGGAUAAUGUAAGAGGAAGCUGUAGGUCUUUGCAUAAAGGACCGGUGAGUUUGUUGCAUUGGAGCGGGAAAGGGAAGCCGUGGGUUAGGCUUGAUGAGAAGAGACCGUGUCCUUUGGAUCAUCUUUGGGAGCCGUAUGAUUUGUAUGAACAUAAGAUUGAUAGAGCUAAAGAUCAGGCUUUGCUUGGGUUCUCUUCUUUGUCUGAGUUAACUGAAGAUUCAAGCUUUUUGUAAGAGUGUGUGAGUUGUAAAGAGAAAGCCUUCAAUGUCCGUGAUGAUGAAGCUAAAGUGGAGUAAAUGAAGGAGACUGGAGAAGAAGCGUUACAUUAUUUGAAUCUGGUCUUUUUUGGCAUUAAAGGCUUGGUUCCUCGGGCAUGCAAGUUUUUCAAACUGAGCACACAAUUUAUGGGGACUGUACAUACCUUUAAGUCUAGUCUCCACCAUAAUACAGUCAACAUUUGUCAAACUUCACCAUUAAACUUCCCUAAAAGACUCAUCUUAAACUGCAUGAUUUGGGCUGUUACUGGGCUGGUUUAGGUUAGGCUGGGGUAGGCGUAUUUAUUCAUAGUUUCUCAAUGACUUUUAAAAAGAAGUACGUCUCGAAAAAUUUUUUGUUUUCAUUUA